AUGUUUGUGUCAGCAGUUUCCGUCUUCAGAAGCAGAGGAGCGUCACGUCUCUCUCUCUCUUUCACCUGUCUGCAAACACGGAAGAGAAGCAGCGCGAGGAAGAGAGUUCAGCAGCAGAGCUCAGAGGUUCCCAGUGAUCAGUCUGCACAGCAGCAUCAAACACAGCUGGACUCCAUAUUUAUGCUGCUGGAGGAGAACAUUGUCACUUUUGUGAAGAACGAGCUGAAGAGAGUCCAGAGGGGUCUGAGUCCAGAUUACCCAGAAUGCUUAGAGGGUCAGAGUGAGGAUGAGGAGGUGUUGGACGGUGAGGAGGAAGAGCAGAGGAGGAGCAGCAGAGAGGCAUUUCUGAAGAUCACAGUGCACUUCCUGAGGAGAAUGAAGCAGGAGGAGCUGGCUGAGCGAUUUAACAUGAUGGAGAGGAAAUGGAGGCAACAUGGGAGAGGAACUCGUGCUGCAGAGUGUCAACGUAAACUCAAGUCUAACCUGGAGAAGAAGUUCCAGUGUCUGUUUGAGGGGAUUGCUAAAGCAGGAAACCCAACCCUUCUGAAUCAGAUCUACACACCGCUCUACAUCACAGAGGGAGGGACUGCAGAGGUCAAUGAUGAACAUGAGAUCAGACAGAUUGAAACAGCAUCCAGGAAACCAGACAGACCAGAAACAUCAAUCAGACAAGAAGACAUCUUUAAAGCCUCACCUGGAAGAGAUGAACCAAUCAGAACAGUGAUGACAAAGGGAGUGGCUGGCAUUGGGAAAACAGUCUUAACACAGAAGUUCACUCUGGACUGGGCUGAAGACAAAGCCAACCAGGACAUACACUUCACAUUUCCAUUCACUUUCAGAGAGCUGAAUGUGCUGAAAGAGAAAAAGUACAGCUUGGUGGAACUUGUUCAUCACUUCUUUACUGAAACCAAAGAAGCAGGAAUCUGCAGGUUUGAAAAGUUCCAGGUUGUGUUCAUCUUUGACGGUCUGGAUGAGUGUCGACUUCCUCUGGACUUCCACAACACUGAGAUCCUGACUGAUGUUACAGAGUCCACCUCAGUGGAUGUGCUGCUGACAAACCUCAUCAGGGGGAAACUGCUUCCCUCUGCUCGCCUCUGGAUAACCACACGACCUGCAGCCGCCAAUCAGAUCCCUCCUGAGUGUGUCGGCAUGGUGACAGAGGUCAGAGGGUUCACUGACCCACAGAAGGAGGAGUACUUCAGGAAGAGAUUCAGAGAUGAGGAGCAGGCCAGAACCAUCAUCUCCCACAUCAAGACAUCACGAAGCCUCCACAUCAUGUGCCACAUCCCAGUCUUCUGCUGGAUCACUGCUACAGUUCUGCAGGAUAUGUUGAAAAGCAGAAAGGGAGGAGAGCUGCCCAAGACCCUGACUGAGAUGUACAUCCACUUCCUGGUGCUUCAGUCCAAACUGAAGAAGGUCAAGUAUGAUGGAGGAGCUGAGACAGAUCCACACUGGAGUAAGAAGAGCAGGAAGAUGAUUGAGUCUCUGGGAAAACUGGCUUUUGAGCAGCUGCAGAAAGGCAACCUGAUCUUCUAUGAAUCAGACCUGACAGAGUGUGGCAUCGAUAUCAGAGCAGCCUCAGUGUGCUCAGGAGUGUUCACAGAGGUCUUUAAAGAAGAGAGAGGGCUGUACCAGGACAAGGUGUUCUGCUUCGUCCAUCUGAGCCUUCAGGAGUUUCUGGCUGCUCUUCAUGUCCAUCUGACAUUCAUCAAGUCUGGAGUCAAUCUGCUGGCAGAAGAACAAACAACAUCCUGGUCUGAAGUGUUCGGAGGCAAAUCAGCACGUUUCUACCAGAGUGCUGUGGACGAGGCCUUAAAGAGUCCAAAUGGACACCUGGACUUGUUCCUCCGCUUCCUCCUGGGUCUUUCACUGCAGACCAAUCAGACUCUCCUACGAGGUCUGCUGACACAGACAGGAAGUAGCUCACAGACCAAUCAGAAAACAGUCGAGUACAUCAAGAAGAAGAUCGGUGAGAAUGUGUCUGCAGAGAGAAGCAUCAAUCUGUUCCACUGUCUGAAUGAACUGAAUGAUCGUUCUCUAGUGGAGGAGAUCCAACAGUCCCUGAGAUCAGGAAGUCUCUCCACAGAUAAACUGUCUCCUGCUCAGUGGUCAGCUCUGGUCUUCAUUUUACUGUCAUCAGGAAAAGAUCUGGACGUGUUUGACCUGAAGAAAUACUCUGCUUCAGAGGAGGCUCUUCUGAGGCUGCUGCCAGUGGUCAAAGCCUCCAACAAAGCUCUGCUGAGUGACUGUAAGCUCUCAGAGAGAAGCUGUGCCGCUCUGUCCUCAGUUCUCAGCUCCCAGUCCUCUAGUCUGAGAGAUCUGGACCUGAGUAACAACAACUUGCCGGAUUCAGGAGUGAAGCAGCUGUGUGCUGCACUGGAGAGUCCAAACUGUACACUGGAAUUUUCCAGCUUGAGUGGCUGUAACCUCUCAGAGAGAAGCUGUGCAGCUCUGUCCUCAGUUCUCAGCUCCCAGUCCUCUAGUCUGAGAGAUCUGGACCUGAGUAACAACAACCUGCAGGAUUCAGGAGUGAAGCAGCUUUCUGCUGGACUGGAGAGUCCACACUGUGGACUGGAAACUCUCAGUCUGUCAGGAUGUCUGAUCACAGAGGAAGGCUGUGCUUCUCUGGCCUCAGCUCUGAACUCCAACCCCUCCCAUCUGAGAGAGCUGGACCUGAGCUACAAUCAUCCAGGAGACUCAGGAGAGAAGCUUCUGUCUGCUGGACUGAAGGAUCCACACUGGAGACUGGACACUCUCAGGAUGGACCAUGGUGGACCGCAGAGACUGAAACCUGGUCUGAGGAAGUGUGAGUGUGUUUUCAGUUUGAUUCAUGAGAACUUUGAGAAAAACUGGAUGAAAUAUGUAAAAGAAGUGAAAAAAGUUCAAAAUGAUGGAAAAUGUGUUUUGUCAUAAAUGGGCGUGGCCUAAACUGACAUUUAUCUUGAACCAAUGAAUCCAUGAAACAGAAAUUUCCUUCUGUUCGUCACAGUUCAGGAGUUAAAAGAGAAAUGUUUUAUAAAUGUCCACAUGGUGGCGCUACCUGCUCCAAAAUGUCCCUCAUGUCUCUCCUGCAGAUAAAGUUCAUUCAUUCAUACUGACUUCAGCUGUUUGGAGCAUUUGGA